UGUUAGACCUCUGUCUGCGACAGCACGACGACGAAAUGCCCCAAUCGACAUCACCGACAUUCCCCCCACGCCCAUCUCUCACAUGUCAGAAACAGAAGCUAUGAUGGCGGAUUCAGUCUCAAAGUUCGCAAACGACAUUAUUGCCCCUAAAGUCCGUGAGAUGGACGAGAACGAAUCUAUGGAUCCUACGGUCGUGGAACAACUGUUUGAACAGGGACUGAUGGGCGUCGAGAUUCCGGAAGAAUACGGUGGCGCCGGAAUGAACUUCACAGCUGCUAUUGUUGGAAUUGAAGAACUGGCCAGAGUCGAUCCCAGUGUCAGCGUUAUGGUGGAUGUGCACAAUACCUUGGUCAACACCGCGGUCAUAAAAUGGGGAAGCACAGAGCUCAAGAAAAAGUGGUUGCCCAAGCUGGCUACGAAUACUGUUGGAUCCUUCUGUCUUUCAGAGCCAAUAUCAGGAUCUGAUGCCUUUGCUCUUGCCACCAAGGCGGUGAAGACGGAUUCCGGAUACAAGAUAAGUGGCAGCAAGAUGUGGAUCACGAACUCUAUGGAGGCUGAAUUCUUCAUUGUCUUCGCAAAUCUUGAUCCUAGCAAGGGCUACAAAGGCAUUACAGCAUUCAUCGUUGAGAAGGGGAUGAAGGGCUUCUCGAUCGCCAAGAAGGAGAAGAAGCUUGGCAUUAAAGCAAGCAGUACAUGCGUGCUCAACUUUGACGAUGUUGAGAUUCCAAAGGAGAACCUGCUAGGUGUAGAAGGGCAGGGUUACAAAUAUGCUAUCGGUUUAUUGAAUGAAGGCCGAAUUGGGAUUGCUGCUCAGAUGACUGGACUUGCUCUUGGAGCUUUCGAGAACGCUGCCAAGUAUGUGUGGAACGACCGAAAGCAAUUUGGACAAUUAGUUGGCGAUUUCCAAAGUAUGCAGCACCAGAUCGCACAAUCAUACACGGAGAUUGCUGCGGCAAGAGCCUUAGUCUUCAAUGCUGCGAGGAAGAAGGAAGCUGGCGAGGACUUUGUCCAGGACGCCGCAAUGGCUAAGCUAUAUGCCUCACAAGUCGCUCAGAGAGUGAGCGGCUUGGCUAUCGAGUGGAUGGGAGGUAUGGGAUUUGUUCGGGAAGGGAUUGCAGAGAAGAUGUGGAGAGAUAGUAAAAUUGGAGCUAUCUAUGAAGGAACGAGCAAUAUCCAGUUGCAGACAAUUGCAAGGUUGCUGAAAAGCAAGUAUUCGACCUCCUAGAAGAGACUAGAAGAGAAGUUCGAUAAUAAAAAUUGCAAACAAAAGCGGAUAGCAUUUUGCUAUUCCUCGAGAUUCCUGAACAUAACUUACUUUUCUUGGAUCGCGCGAGUAGAAUGCAAGGUACCUAAUAAGUACUG